AUGGGUGUGCCCCUGCACCGGCUGAAGGACAUACGGCUUCUGUAUGGAGAAUCCCCCUGGGGAGUGACCCCCAUUUCUUUUGAGACCCCUCUGAGUCCUCCCAUUGCCCGAGGUCACGUCAUUGCAGCCAGGAUCACCAGUGAAAACCCAGAUGAGGGUUUUAAGCCAAGCUCGGGGACAGUCCAGGAGCUGAACUUCCGCAGCAACAAGAACGUUUGGGGCUACUUCAGCGUAGCGGCUGCUGGAGGAUUGCAUGAGUUCGCGGAUUCCCAGUUCGGGCACUGCUUCUCCUGGGGCGAGAACCGUGAAGAGGCCAUUUCCAACAUGGUAGUGGCUUUAAAGGAACUGUCCAUCCGGGGUGACUUCCGGACCACUGUGGAAUAUCUCGUGAACCUUCUGGAGACCGAGAGCUUCCAGAACAACGACAUCGACACAGGGUGGCUGGACCACCUCAUCGCUGAGCGGGUACAGGCAGAGAAGCCGGACAUCAUGCUCGGGGUGGUGUGUGGGGCCUUGAACGUGGCAGAUGCAAUGUUCAGAACCUGCAUGACGGAUUUCUUGCACUCCUUGGAAAGGGGUCAGGUCCUCCCGGCUGAUUCUCUGCUGAACAUUGUGGAUGUUGAGUUGAUUUAUGGAGGCGUCAAGUACAUUCUCAAGGUGGCCCGGCAGUCCCUGACUGUGUUCAUUCUCAUCAUGAAUGACUGCCACAUUGAGAUUGAUGCCCACCGGCUGAACGAUGGGGGGUUGCUCCUGUCCUACAAUGGCAGCAGUUACACUACGUACAUGAAGGAGGAAGUGGACAGUUACCGGAUCACUAUUGGCAAUAAGACGUGCGUAUUUGAGAAGGAGAAUGACCCCACGGUCCUGAGGGCUCCCUCGGCUGGGAAGCUGACCCAGUACACGGUGGAGGAUGGAGACCACGUGGAAGCUGGGAGUAGCUACGCCGAGAUGGAGGUGAUGAAGAUGAUCAUGGCCCUGAACGUGCAGGAGAGUGGCCGGGUGAGGUACGUCAAGCGUCCAGGGGUCGUGCUGGAGGCCGGCUGCGUGGUGGCGAGGCUCGAACUCGAUGACCCUUCCAAAGUGCACGCGGCACAGCCAUUCACAGGAGAGCUCCCUACCCAGCAGACCCUGCCCAUCCUCGGGGAGAAGCUGCAUCAGGUGUUCCACAGCGUCUUAGAAAAUCUGACCAAUGUCAUGAGUGGUUACUGCCUGCCCGAGCCGAUCUUCAGCGUAAAGCUGAAGGAGUGGGUCCAGAAGCUCAUGAUGACGCUCCGGCACCCAACCCUACCUCUCCUGGAGCUACAGGAGAUCAUGACGAGUGUGGCGGGCCGCAUCCCAGCACCCGUGGAGAAGGCAGUCCGCAGGGUGAUGGCCCAGUAUGCCAGCAACAUCACUUCCGUGUUAUGCCAGUUCCCCAGCCAACAG